GCAAACAAUAACUCCCCCCGCCACUGCCGCAGCAGCACUUUCGCGAUGGGUGCACCUUCGAAUCCCAGACCGCUUUUUUGCCAAAGAAACAGCCGCGCGCUCUGCUUGCGAGCGGAGCGCGAGCCGUCACCGCCCCGAGAGCCGACAGGAAAGGGAUGAAAGGCUUUGGAGUCCUCGGGGGCGGGUCCAGAUAUGCAGAUGAGAAGGCUCGCACUUUGACGGCUAGAACGCCGUCAGGAGCCGGUUGUAAGUGGCUUCAGUCGAGGAGAAGCCGAUCCGCCGACUGUUGUAACAGCCGGCUUCAGGGCGCGGGAAGCGAGCCCUCUGGAUCGUUGGGGCGCCUCAGAAAGCCUUCGCGUUCCAUCCGGAUUGUGCGCGGACAAUCCCUGGCGGGGAAUAUGGCGAGUGUCAGAAAUGGAAUCGGGGGAUGGAGCGGCGGCGGCGGCGGCGAGGAGGAAAACUUUGAAGAUGCCUUUGAACACAUCCCAGUGGCUGCAAAAAUGGACAUAAAAUGUGCUUUGGAAGAGUGCUCAAUGGCAAUAAAUUUAUUUCUUAAUAAUAAAUUUUCAGAAUCUCUGGAGUUACUUCGACCAUGGUCUAAAGAUAGCAUGUAUCAUGCCUUAGGUUUUAGUACUAUAUUAGUUUUUCAAGCAACAAUGACAUUUGAACAACAGGAUAUCCAGAUGGGACUUUCUACAUUGAAAGAAGCUUUACAAACUUGUCAAAAGUUUAGAAAAAGAAACACAGUGGUGGAAUCAUUAUCCAAUUUAGUUUCAAAACAGCCUGUAGAUCAGCUGAGUGAAGACGAAAUGCAUGCAGAACUCUGUUAUGCUGAAUGUUUACUGCAGAAAGCAGUCUUGACAUUUAUACAGGAUGAAAAUAUGAUCAGUUUCAUCAAAGGUGGCUUGAAAAUCAGAACAAGUUAUCAAAUAUAUAAGGAAUGCCUUCAGGUUCUGCAGAUGGCCCAAAGCAGCAAAAUCAGGAAUGAAAUAUUCCACCAGUUUGAAGGGGGUGUACAAUUAGGAAUAGGAGCUUUCAAUCUGAUGCUGUCCCUUUUACCAGGAAGAAUUCUCCGACUUCUUGAAUUUAUUGGGUUUUCAGGCAAUAGGGAACUUGGUCUUCAUCAGUUACGGGAAGGAGCUUCUGGUCCCACUUUACGAGCAGUAGUAUCUACUUUUAUCUUGUUGCUAUAUCACUGCUUUGUUUCAUUAAUCCUUGGAACAGGGGAAACCAACCUCGUUGAAGCAGAGACUCUUCUUCAACCUUUCCUUCAGAAGUUCCCAAAGGGUGCCCUCGUUCUGUUUUACGAUGCCAGAAUCAACAUACUAAAAGGAAAUUUUGAAAAGGCUGAGGUAACAUUCCAGGACAGCAUUGCAGCUCAGCAAGAGUGGAAACAGCUGCAGCAUCUCUGCUACUGGGAACUGAUGUGGUCUUACUCCUUCCAGCAGAAUUGGCUUCAAGCAUAUCGGUAUGCAGAUCUGCUUUGCAAAGAAAGCAGGUGGUCAAAGGCAAUAUAUGUGUUCCAGAAAGCUGCUAUUUUGUGCAUGCUUCCUGAUGCUGAUGUGAAAACAACAGGAGAAGAUAUUGUAGCUUUGUUUCGGCAAGUAGAAGGCCUAAAGCAAAGAAUUGCAGGAAAAUCUCUCCCAACUGAAAAGUUUGCUGUGAGAAAAUCACGACGCUAUGGGACCUCUCCUCCUGUGAAACUAAUAGUGCCUGCUCUGGAAAUGAUGUAUGUCUGGAGUGGGUUUUCAAUUCUUGGAAAGAGAACUGACUUCACUGAAAACAUGUUAGUAACUAUUGAAAAAGAAGAAACCCUUUUAAAAAAUGAAACUCAUCACAAUGAAUAUUACAUGGAUGAUGUAUGCUUGUUACAACUACUAAAAGGAAUGUGUUUGAAGCAUUUAGGAAGACUCUUGCAAGCAGAGCUCUGUUUCAGCCAAGUUAUUCAAAGUGAGAAGCAAUUAAAGUACGAUACCUACUUAGCUCCAUAUUCAAUGUACGAGUUGGGUCUUCUAUAUAAACAACAGGAUGAAAGAGGAAAAGCUAUAAGAUGUAUAGAAGCUGCAAAAAACAAUUACAAGGACUAUUCCAUGGAAUCCAGGCUACAUUUCAGAAUCCAUGCAGCACUUAACAGUAUGAAAGUGACUCCUGCUCCAACACCAUGAUGCCUUCUGAGGUUGAUGUGUAACAUGUCUGCACAAGUUAAUGUUUGAAAGCCUACAAAAAUCAUGUAAAUGAUGUAACAAGAAAUGUAGUUUAUAUUUUCUAUCAUUUGUGAUAAUUGAAAGUCUGCCUCAUCAUUGUGAAUGCUUCUUUUUUCUAUGGUUCACAUCCAUAUUUCUGCUUAACAUUUUAGAGGAAAUGUUAUUUUGUUUAUAGAAAGAUUAAUGCUUGACAAUAGGGGAAUAUUAAAAAUUGCUGGUACAAUAAAGAGUAAUUCCAACAACUUAUUUUUUUAUGGAAAUACUAAUAUUGUUUAUGCAUGAAACUGUACAAUAUGUUUGGUAAUAAUUUCAGCACUAUGUAAAGGCUUGUAUUUCUGCAAUACCUUUAUUAUGUAAUAGGAUUAGCAAAAAAAAUUGGCUGCUGGUAGCCCUAGACGAUGCUGUAUCUGGAUUUGAGGUUUAGUUUUACAUACCAAAGACUGAAUUACCAUAUUGUAGCCAAAAUAAUGCUUCAAGUCAUUUCAUGAAUGUUAACUUGCAUUCAGUGCAAUAUCCUGACCCUCUCUCUAAAACAGUGGUUCUCAACCUUUUUAAUGUCGCGACCCCCAACCGGUCGUAAGUCGAGGACUACUCAACUGGUCGUAAGUUGAGGACUACUCAACCGGUCGUAAGUCGAGGACUACUCAACU